UAAGAUCUUCUGGUAGUUUAUUCCAGUUUUGUACAGCAUAAGUGCUAAACGCAGCUUAUCCAUGUUUAGUUUGGACGAGACAUUUUUAAACCCCUAAAGAAUUAAAACAUUUAAUAAAACGAACCAAGGCGGUUUAUGAAAUUCUAUACUUUGUAGUUGGUCUCAGUUUCUGGGGAUUGUACUGAUUCCUUUCUGUUUCCCUGAGUAUCCCUUUGUCGACCAUCACUAUGGAUACAAAAAAAUUAUACUAAAAUGUUUUGUGAAGGGUGAAAAUAUAUGGCCACAAUGAACUAAGGCGAAGGAAUUAAUACCAAUAAAUUGACCAAACCUAAAACUAAUGCCCCAGACUUGUAUAACCUAAAACUAAUGCCUCAGAAUUGUAUAACCUAAAACUAAUGCCUCAGACUUGUACAACCUAAAACUAAUGCCUCAGACUUGUAUAGCCUAAAACUAAUGCCUCAGACUUGUAUAACCUAAAACUAAUGCCUCAUACUUGUAUAGCCUAAAACUAAUGCCUCAUACUUGUAUAGCCUAAAACUAAUGCCUCAGACUUGUAUAACCUAAAACUAAUGCCUCUGACUUGUACAACCUAAAACUAAUGCCUCAGACUUGUACAACCUAAAACUAAUGCCUCAGACUUGUAUAACCUAAAACUAAUGCCUCAGACUUGUAUAGCCUAAAACUAAUGCCUCAGACUUGUACAACCUAAAACUAAUGCCUCAUACUUGUAUAGCCUAAAACUAAUGCCUCAGACUUGUAUAACCUAAAACUAAUGCCUCAGAAUUGUAUAACCUAAAACUAAUGCCUCAGACUUGUAUAGCCUGAAAUAACUGGUUGAAAACCACUGAAUCACUCUGCCUGAAUUGAUGAAAGAGCUCAUCACAUGAUCACCUAUCUGAAAUACCAGCAGAAAGUCCUAUGAAAAAUGAUCCUAUUGAAACAGAGCAGUACACCCCCCUCCCCAAAUGAGCUGCUGUCAUCCCCAUUUCCCUUUUUCUCCACUCUUGGCACUUAAUUUGCAUGUUACGCAUGUCCCCACCAUUUGCAGAAAUGUGCCGAAGCUGAGGGAGUGAAAAUAUAUCUACGGUUUGCUGGCUUAACAAUGAAUACUAUUGUCUAAUUACAUCACAACUGACUUGGCUAUAUCGGAUUUCAAGACAUGACAUAACCUGUUACAAAGAUGAAAUAUGUCUUAACACUUACCUGUUGCUGUUGUUUUUCUGACAAUGGCAGGAGGGUUUUCUCUAACUAUAACUCUAACUACGUUUCUCUAACUAUAACUUGGUCAAACUCCACAUGAAUUACAUCAUUUGGUGUGUCCCAAUGUUUGAUCAGUUUAUUAGUCCACCCAUCAUUUUUCAGAAAUGACAUAGGUUCUUCAGCACAGUGGAGGGAGCUCUGAGUUGGUUACUGGUCCAGGCCCUGGCCUGGUUUGGUAGUUAUAGCAAUCUCUAUGCUCUUAAGAAGUGAGCUUGGUGUUGCAUUGCAUCUGGAAAACUUGACUAGGAUGUAAAUAAGGGAAAUGUGUUUUUCCUUUUCAUGUUGGGUGAACGUUUAUUAUAAUUCAAUAUUUGUGUCACUCAGGGCCUCAAAUGUAUUAUAGGCACAUAAACAACAAAACAUUUGUUUUCACUGUAAGCACCUGGUCAGCUGUAACAACCAGCUGUAAAAGGGGAGGAAAUGAUUUUCAUGAUUGACAACAGGGCCCCAUUCACACCUUUUUAGGGACCUGGGAAUGGGUGCUGCUAUCUUUAUUGUUAUCUUAAAAAUAUGUUUUCUGCGUACAGAAGAGGUUUGUGAUAUUCAUGAACCCCCGUUGUUUCAGAGAGUAGUGGAGUACUUUAUACACGGGAGGUCCCUGAGGUGCUGGAGACGCCUAUAGAUAGACAUGAAUUAAAUGAACCUUUGACAGAAACAUUUAGAAACCAACCUAUGGGGGGUUUCACAAAAAGGGAUUCAAUUGAAACAUUUUCCUGCCUAUCUCCACAACCUAUUUCACAUUUUAAGUAAAAUAAAAAUGCAUAAUAACUUUACAUUGAGGUGACAUAAUAUUGAUUUGAAUAAGCUUGUCAGCUACAAUAAUUCAUUUGGUUGUUUUUAUAGGAUACAAUUUAUCAUGAAAUGCACAAAAAAUUAUAAAAAGUUAGAAAAUCUACCUCUAAGCACACUGGGAAGUUGUUUAAUUUUACAUCAGGACAAUUAACAUAUUAUUAUAAUGCUAAAGACACUUCUGAAUGAAACAUUUUUAGGGUGAGUUUUAUUCAUGACUGUCUCAGUCUUCAAGUCUGCUAGGCAAGAAACUCAAUGUAAUUGAUAUCAGAGGUGCUUAUUUAAUUAAGUUAUUCUAUAUAUGUAAAGACACAAAAUAAAUCUUCUAAAAUCUUCUAAAUGGAUAAUAAUAAUUCAUUAAUUAUUCAUAAAUGUUUUGACAUUUUAGUCAAUUAGCAGACAAUCUUACAUUACAUCAGUCUUAAGAUAGCUGGUGGUAAAACCAAACCACCCUGGUUAUGGAAGAACACUGUACUUUCCCCUACACUUAUAUUUAAAUAACUUUAUGCGCAGUGGGAACAGGCCAUCCCAUAUAACAUCUGCUGAAUUACUCCCUGCUUUUAUACUGCUCUAAUUGGAUUGAUCUGAAAACAGAAUGUUUGUCUUCUUCACUAAAGGUCAUUGAUCAGAAAAUAAAAACAACUGUUUGUGUAUGUGUGGGUCCACCAGUACAUUGUCAGGCCUUUACUUACCUCUAUUGUGAUACAACAGUUACCUUCAUUUUCCAAGGACAGGGGGGUUGUGGGUGUGAUACUCCCUAAUUUUGAGGGGAGGAGGUAGCUUGAAGACUGAUAAGAGAGUCUGGGAAAUUCAGCAGCAGCCAGACAGGUCUCUGGAUCCCACUCGGCAUUGUUGACUCAGUCUCUGUUUGACCAUGGCUGGUGCUGAGAUCGCCCUGUGCAGUCGGCCUUGGCAGGGCUCCUUCAACAUCUAUGGAGGACUGGCAUGCAACUCACUCAUGGCUGACUCAUGGGCAGACAGGACUCCUCUUCAUGACGCUGCCUACCAAGGCAGACUCCUGAUGCUGAGGACUCUAGUUACACAGGGGUUUCCUGUGGAUAUGAUGACUAUGGACAGGGUUUCUCCCCUCCAUGAAGCCUGCCUCGGAGGACAUUACGCCUGUGCCAAAUUGCUGCUUGAGAACGGGGCCAAUGUGGGGAUUGUAUCAACAGAUGGAGCCACGCCCCUCUUCAACGCAUGCAGCAUAGGGAGUAUUGCCUGUGUCCAACUGCUCCUACAGCACUGCCCCACUGUACAUCAUCCCUUGGCAUCGCCCACACAUCAUCCCCAGGCAUCGCCCAUUCACCAGACUGCUAAGAAAGGACACAGGGAGUGCCUGGAGCUGUUGCUGUCCCAUGGGGCCAACAUAGACCUGGAGUUGCCUGGGGUGGGAACGCCUCUCUAUGCUGCAUGUCGGGCUCAGGCAACGAGCUGUGUGGAGAGGCUGUUGCAAUCAGGUGCUGAUGUCCAGAGAGGGUGUGGCCAGGACACACCCUUACAUGCAGCAGUGCAAGUGGGAGGAGUCCAGAUGGUGGAGCUGCUGAUGGACUAUGGGGCUGAUGGGAGCUGUAGGAACUCAGAGGGGAAGACUCCUCUGGAGCUGGCAGCUGUGGAAAGUGCAGUCAGAUUAACAAUGCAGAGAAGAGGUCCCUGCACUCUCUCUCAGCUGUGUCGGUUCUGCAUUCGGAAGAGUUUGGGACGAGUUCGUCUGAAUAGAACCUCAGUCCUCCAACUUCCUCUCAGACUACAGGCGUUUCUGCUUUACCAGUAACACUGGAACACCAACUCUUCACGUUUUACCAGUAAUCCUGGAACACCAACUCUUCACGUUUUACCAGUAACACUGGAAUACCAACUCUUCACGUCUUACCAGUAACACUGGAACACCAACUCUUCACGUUUUACCAGUAACACUGGAAUACCAACUCUUCACGUUUUACCAGUAACACUGGAAUACCAACUCUUCACGUUUUACCAGUAACACUGGAAUACCAACUCUUCACGUUUUACCAGUAACACUGGAAUACCAACUCUUCACGUUUUACCAGUAACACUGGAACACCAGCUCUUCACAUGUUUUACCAGUAACACUGGAACACCAACUUUUCACGUGUUUUACCAGUAACACUGAAACACCAACUCUUCAUGUUUUACCAGUAACACUGGAACACCAACUUUUCACGUGUUUUACCAGUAACACUGAAACACCAACUCUUCAUGUUUUACCAGUAACACUGGAACACCAACUCUUCUCGUUUUACUAGUAACACUGGAACACCAACUCCUCAAAUGUUUUAUAACAUAAAUGUUAUACUCUGUUAUGAUGUAGCUUUCCGUAGUGAUUUCUAAGAAUUCAUGUCUGAUGGUCUGGUGAUCUACUAUAAACUGGAUGAGCUAGGUUCCAUAGCAUUUCU